AACCCUCGUUGACGAACAGUCCCUCAGAUGCCUAGACGUCUUCGAACUAGGCCAAGCGAGCAUAAGGUGAUCGUGGAGAAACCAUUCGAGCUGAGGGGAUGCGCUAGCACUGACGCGUUAGAGGGCACGCUGUCGUCGGCGCUGUGCGUGUCGUGGCCCUGUGUUCUUGUCAGGACAUCAGCGGCAAAGUUUCAAAGAGAAAUGUUGUCGGCAAUAUUAAUGGUCAAUGAAUGACCGUAUGGAAGUGCCGCUCGUAAACAGCGACGAGAAGUGUUGAACAGGACGCGAGCGUUG